AUGGGCGAUAGCUUGGCACCCACCGGGUAUUCAUCCUUACACAUGGAGAGGAAGAUGAGUGCUAUGGCUUGCACCGUCUUCAACGAGCUUCGCCUGGAAGGGAAACUCUGUGAUGUGAUCAUCAGCGUGGAUGGUAUUGAAUUCAAUGCUCACAAGAACAUCCUCUGUAGCUGCAGUCACUAUUUCAGGGCUUUGUUUACCAGCAGCUGGAACAAUGCAGAGAAGAUAGUGUAUAAAAUCCCUGGCACUUCACCUGAAAUGAUGAGGCUCAUUAUCGAGUACGCCUACACCAGGACAGUACCGGUCACGGCUGACAAUGUUGAAAGUUUGCUAACCGCAGCAGACCAGUUCAAUAUCAUGGGUGUCAUCAGACUGUGCUGCGAGUUCUUAAAAUCCCAGCUAUGCUUGGAAAAUUGCAUCGGCAUCUGCAGACUCACAGAUUAUUACCACUGCCCUGACCUGCGAGAAGCAGCCUAUGUGUUCAUCCUCCAUCACUUCGAGGACAUGACUAAGGUGUCUACAGAGUUUCUAGACCUCUCCGUCAACGAGCUAAAGCACAUCAUUGAGAAGGAUGAGCUCAAUGUGAAACAAGAAGAUGCUGUGUUCGAGGCUAUUGUGAAAUGGAUUGCUCACGACCCGCAGAACAGGAGGCAGCACAUUGCAGUCUUGCUGGGCAAGGUUCGACUGGCACUGAUGCAAGCAGAAUACUUCAUGAACAACGUCAAAACGCACGAUUAUGUGAGGGACAAUGACGAGUGCAAAGUUCUCAUCAUAAACGCGCUGACAGAAAUGUACAACCUCAAUAUGCACGGCCCAUCUUACUCUGAUUUCACCAACCCGCUCAGUCGGCCUCGCCUUCCCUAUGCCAUCUUAUUUGCUAUCGGAGGCUGGAGCGGGGGGAGCCCAACCAACGCCAUUGAAACAUACGACACCCGUGCAGACAAGUGGGUGAACGUCACGUGUGAGCAAGAAAGCCCCCUUGCCUAUCACGGCACUGCUUAUUUAAAAGGCUUUGUCUAUGUUAUCGGAGGAUUUGACAGCGUGGAUUAUUUCAACAGCGUCAAGCGGUUUGACCCACUUAAGAAAACAUGGCAGCAGGUCGCACCCAUGCAUUCGCGGCGCUGCUACGUCAGCGUCGCCGUUCUCCACAACUUCAUCUACGCCAUGGGAGGGUUUGAUGGAUACAUGCGCCUCAACACAGCAGAACGGUACGAGCCAGAGACGAACCAGUGGACACUGGUUGCCCCCAUGCACGAGCAGAGAAGCGAUGCUAGUGCGACCACACUGCAUGAAAAGGUGUAUAUAUGUGGUGGGUUCAACGGAAAUGAAUGCUUGAUCACAGCUGAAGUGUAUGAUGCCACAACAAAUCAAUGGACCUUUAUAGCCCCAAUGAGAAGCAGAAGAAGCGGAGUGGGUGUGAUCGCGUAUGGCAACGAAGUGUAUGCGGUAGGAGGAUUUGAUGGAGUCAACCGGCUUCGGAGCGUGGAAGCUUACAACCCUGUUGCCAACACGUGGCGCACAGUCCACACCAUGUUCAAUCCUCGCAGCAACUUUGGCAUCGAAGUGGUGGAUGAUCUUUUGUUUGUGGUUGGUGGCUUUAACGGUUUUACCACUACUUUCAAUGUUGAGUGUUAUGAUGAAAACGCUAACGAGUGGUACGAUGUUCACGACAUGGGCAUAUACCGUAGUGCUCUGAGCUGCUGUGUGGUGCCAGGUCUAUCUAAUGUCGGGGAGUACGUUGCCAGACGAGACUGCUACGUGGACGACUCUUCAAAGGAAGUCAGGUUCACUUCUUCAACAAGUAGCCUGCCUGUAUAA